AUGGCCAGGACCCAGAAGAACAAGGCGACCGAGUAUCACUUGGGUCAACUGAAAGCUAAACUAGCCAAAUAUCGGUACGAAGAUGCGGAGAUGGGGUCCCCAUUUCUGUUUGAACAUCGCAAGGCGAUCGAGACAGUGGCGAAGACCGAGAACGCAAUCUCGAACGCAACCCCUAACCCUUUUGACCUGCUGGAAGCCCCCAAGGGAGGGAAGAAAGGGGAGGGCUUCGACGUGCAACGACAAGGCGAUGCGAGAAUAUGCCUAAUCGGAUUUCCCUCAGUCGGAAAGUCGACGCUUUUAUCAAAAAUAACCAGCACCACGUCGGAGAUAGCUGAUUAUGAGUUUACCACCUUGACGUGCAAGCCAGGAAUAAUAAGUUACAAGGAUUCAAAAAUUCAGCUGCUCGAUCUGCCUGGGAUCAUUCAAGGGGCUUCAGAGGGCCGUGGGCGAGGGAGACAAGUUAUAGCUGUUGCCAAGUCGUGCGACAUGAUUAUGAUGAUACUAGACGCAACGAGGGAUAAUAGUCAAAAAAUAAAAUUAGAAAAGUAA